AUUAUCAUGGCAGAUGUUGAUAAGGAUGCUGUGAUAUCGGGCUUUGAGUACGAGUUUGUUUCGACCGUUUUUGAAGAAUUUCACUGUUUGAUUUGUCAACUACCUUUGCGAGAACCAGUACUCACGAGGUGUGGGCACAGAUAUUGCAAGAAAUGUCUUAACGAGGCCAUGAAGAGACAACAAGUUCCUGAAUGCCCUGUUGACAGGGAAAGAUUGGACCGAGAAAAGGACAUAUUUCCCGAUAAGGCGACAGAAAGAAGUAUUUUGUCUUGCCAUGUGAGAUGUCCAAGCAUAGGAUGUGAGUGGACUGGGGAGACCAGAGAUGCCGAGGUGAGAAAAGAGUUUAUUAGCUGUGAAGGACAAGUGGUGCCCGCGUAUCGCCUAAGAAUUGACACUCAUUUACAGACCUGCGCUUGCAGGAUGACUCCCUGUCCGAAUCCUCACUGUGAUGUCACCAUGGAGAAGAGACUUGUGGAUGACCAUGUGACCAAUACCUGUCAAUGGAGAAUGGUGCAGUGUGGAUACUGUGGUGAAAACCACGCAAAACGUGAUGAAGAGAAACACGCUGUAGAAUGUCGAAGACGUCCCAGCGAUUGUUCUAAUGGUUGUGGUGAGGUUCUUGCAAAGGAAGAGAUGAUGGCUCAUCAGGACGUUGUUUGCUCUCACACUGUUGUGAGCUGCCAGUAUGAUUAUUUGGGAUGUGACAGUAAGAUUAAAAGAUGCGACGUAGAAGAUCAUCUAGAGCAAAACCUCCGAUGUCAUUUUGAGCUGUCCGUUAAAAAACUUGCUGAUGUGCAAGACGAAACCAGAAUAUUGAGGCAGGAAAUGGAGAAAAUAAAGCUGGAUUACCGAAAAAUGGAGUCCAAGCUCACUGGAAUAGAUAGGGAAAUCACUGAAGUAAAACUAAAGCACAAAGAAAUGGAAACCUUCGCUCCCUUUAUAUGGAAAGUGACGGAGUUUUGGGAGCGAGUGAAUAAGGCGAGGAAAGACAAAGAGGUUCGGGUCGAAAGUGAUCCCUUCUAUGUCGGUCCUCAAGGGUACAAAGUGAAACUCGCAAUGUAUCCUAAUGGCACCAAAGAGGCCAAGAACGCUUAUAUCUCGCUAUAUAUUGCACUAAUGAAAGGGAAAUACGACCCCAUAUUACCUUGGCCUUUCCUAAAUAAAGUGACGCUUUCGGUUCUCGACCAAAACCCUAAUGUGAUGCAAAGGCACAAUUUUGUCAAGUCCUUUGUUCCCGAGGCUUCAUGGAAGAGCAUGAAACGCCCAGAUGGCGAGGAAAAUGAGAGACGAGGUUUUGGAAGGUUUCUUUCCCAUGAUAAACUGAGAUCAGGGUUUUAUCUUGUGGACGAUAUUCUAUUUAUUAAGUUCGAAAUAGGCCCAGCAGAUGCAUCGUAUUUUGGCUAAAAUAAAAUAUUUGGAGAAAAUGUAACUUGUAUGUGACAUCGUUGUUCAAUAAAAGUUAA